GUAGGGGGUGGUUGACUCGUGAAUACAGUGGCAGCUCCUUCCUCCUUGCUUGCACCAGUACACCCUGUCUGCCAGGCCAGUCUGGGAGACACCCUGUCUGACGAAAUCGCCGCCCAACCCCGUCAUGUUCCGCUCCCUCCGCCAUCGAGCGGGUCGCUUAUAUUGACCGUCUCGCUGCCCCUGCCAUCCACACCCCUGUUCCAAAAUGUCCAUUGCCAAGAUUGCCCGUGCCGCCGACGUCAUUGCCCGCCUAUCUGGGCAAGCCCCCGUCGAUCACCCAUUGCAGAGCGCCUUCAAGUCUGCCAUCGAUCUCUUCCAUGUGCUGAAGGACAUGUAUAUCAACCACCGUGGUUGGGAAUUCAUGGUCAGCAGGACUGCUUACCUACUCACUGUGCUGAGCAAGCAUGAUGCCGAUGAUCUCGAGUCCAUGCAAAUCGGGGACGCUCUCUCUGCCCUGUACGAUACGAUCACCCACACGAUCGCAUUCGAGCGACCCUUCGAUUCCGCUGACGUCUAUGGCCAGAUCAAAGAAUUUUGCCACAAUCAAGAGGAACAAUGGACGAUCUUUGCCCAGCACCGCCGCCCUGGUGGUCCCGAUCUCGUCCCCUUGAACGACACUGGUCUGGAGAUGUGUCUUGCGUGUGAUCAAACCAUCGAUCGCACCAUCGACAUUGCUCGCAUCGUCACGGCUGAGAAGUCUGAGGAACCCGACGUGUCCGAGGAACCGGGCAUGUCCGAGAAGCUCAUCGAUGACCCCGAAGACGACAACCAGAGCGACGUGACUGAAGAUUUGGAUAUCGCCCCUUAUGAAGGACCAGAUGCGACUGCUGAACCCACGACCCCGGCAAACAACGAGCGCGAAGACGGUGAACUGACCCCCGUCCUCGACGCACCGGUUGCUCCUCCCUCGCUCAGCGAAGCUUGCAUCAAAGCGGAGCCACCCGUGCCAGAAAAAGAACGAUCUCCUUCCCCGGCUUCAUCGGAUAGCGUUCCGUCCGAGCCCGACACACCAGACUCCAUACUCGACGAGUGUAUGGAGUUCAUCAUGGAGAACUUCAAGCAAAUUCCUCUUGAUGACCAUGAGUGGGAUCGCACAGUCGACGAUGUCCUCAAGCUUGUCUCCACGGGGUCGUUCAGGGCAACGUUUUUGCUUGGCUGGAUCCGAUAUGUUGGUAUCGGAAACAAACAAGAUCGACCCCUUGCCUUCACGACGUGGGUUGGGCUACUCACUCCACCCAUCAACUCGCCCUGGAGGACGCAGGAGCUCAGUCCCAGUACCAGAAAAUGGAUAUCCUUUUUGAUCCGCUGGGGCAAGACUGCUGAAUGCUGCCCCGAGACCAUUGGCCAGUGUGUCCCUGUCGACAAACACGAUGGGAUCCUUGAAAACCAUCACAAGUUUUCAAGGAUGUACUUUGAGUGCAUGAACCUCGCGUCAGACGACGACGUCCUUUGCAAAUUCAUCACAGCGCACUGCUACAACGAAGGAUUUGGAACAGCACCAUCGAAGCGACAGGCCCAAUCUCUCUGGGUCUCACUGAAGCGCAACCAAACCAGUGCUGGGAUGUGUUGUGUUGGUGCGUGUUUCGAAAUUGGCGCGUUCACUCAGAAAAACGAAGAGCAAGCCAUCAACUUCUAUCGCCAAGCCAUCGCUAUGGGAUCGAAAAUGGCAGAAUUCUGUCUUGGAGCGUGUCUACUUUCAAACCCAACGAGGGAUGUUGCUUUGCUCGACGAAGGCAUGAGGCUGCUGCAAAGCGCCUCUGUAUCCGGGUCGAUCAUUGCGACGAUGCGUCUGGCUCUACAUUUCGAACGAGGUCAAUAUGUGGCGAGGAGCCACGCCAACGCAAGCCAGUUCUACCACAGAGCUGCUGAAUUCGGGAGUGUCGAGGCUCAGUGGCGAUUUGGCUCUGCCUACACGACAGCGAAUACCGACAAGGAUCGAGCCUACUCUAUCGAAAUGCUGAUCAAAGCAGCAGAUCAGGGUCAUAUUGACUCCAUGGCCUUUCUUGGGCAGAUCUACUACACGCAAUCGCGAAUCCGAGACUACUUCAAGGCCAUCAAGUAUCUGAGAAUGGCUGCACAUGCUGGACACCCAGCGGCGCAAUGCUACCUCAGCCUCUGCUACCUGCGAGGACAUGGUACUGCACAGUCGCAGAGCCUUCACACGCAAUGGCUUCAAUGUGCCAUUGCCACCAACCCAAGUGAAAAGGACAAGUACCUCGCCCUCAUUCAAUCCCCAUGAUAUGACUGCUCACUCCAUGUCACCCCAGCAUUCCAAACCCGAUGCAAUCUUUCCUUUGUUUCUGUGCUUCGAAGCCAUCCGUUUGUGCUCUUUUUCGACUUCGUCAUUAUGGCCGUUAUCAUCCAAUUCUUCCGAUGAUGGUGCCGACGAAGACGACGAAUCGUUCCAGUUUUCCUGUUCAUUUUGUGGUUCGCUGGACUCACUUUCAGAGUCCAGAGCGAGAACCGGCUUGCAAUAAAGUCUCUGGAUUGCUG